AUGAAGUUUGUCUUCGUGUUGGCACUUGUGGGAGCCACUUUGGCUGCCCGUCAUCACAAUCAACAACAACAAUCGAUUGAUGUGCAAGAAAGGUUUGUCUAACAUUUAUUGUAGCUUCUUAUUUACAGUAAUUCUUUGUUUCUAGCUCUUUCCGUGCUGAUCGUGAAUACCGUUAUGAAUUCAAUGGUCAAUUGUCAGCCGGUCUUCCAGUUCCAUCAACUCCACAAGGUCUUACUCGUCUUCAAUCUCUUGUUACUCUUCAAUUCACCAAGAACAACAAAGUCCGUGCUCAAUUAUCAAAUGUCAAAUUGGCAACAUCUCAAGAGAAACAAAACACUCGCGAAAUGCAACCAAUGAAGAGAUUCGAACAAGUUGAACUUGAAGAAACUCAAGUUUUGUCUCUUCCAUUUGCUUUCACUUACAAACACGGAAUUGUCAGCGAAUUGACAUUUGCUCAAAAUGAUCAAGUCUGGUCUGAAAACAUCAAGAGAUCUGUCAUCAAUAUGUUGCAAGUCAACAAUUUGAGAAAGGAAUCCAAAAGAAACAGUGAAGAACAAGAAGAACAAGACAACAGAUCAGUCUUUGUUUCAAUGGAAAAAACUUUGGAAGGAGAAUGUGAAGUUGUUUAUUCGGUCGAAGAAACUGAACAACACAAUGGAAACCAAAAAUGGAGUAAGUCAUUUUAUAAAAAAACAAGAAUAUACUAUAAGAGUUCUGAUUUUCAGCCAAAUCAAUCAACUUCGACAAAUGCACACAAAGACCAACUCUUCAUCACACUCAAGUUGAAGUUUGCCAAGAUUGUGAAACACUUUCCCAAGACAAGAAGAGCUUCUCAAUCUUCCAAUUCAACAUGACAAAUGAAUAUCUCGUUGAUUCAGUCGAACUCCGCUCUCAACAAUUGUUUGCUCCAAUGGAUUCUCGUCAUCAACUUCUCGGUGCCUUCACCAUCAACACCCUUAAAUUGGUUUAUGCUGGAGAACAACAAGAAAAAAUGGAAAAAAUCACUGAAGACAAGAAGACUUCUGAUUUGAUCUAUGAUCAAGAAUUGGAAAUUGCUGAACAAAGAUGGGCUCAAACUGGAGAAGAGAAAUAUUUGAGACAAAUGCAAAACGCCUACAAGAACCGCGUUGAAAUGAUCGAAAAGAUGUUCUCCCUUCUUACAACUCAAAUUCAAGAACAUGUUGGAUCUGAAUCAGCUCACACUGUUGCCAGAAUUGUUGAUGUUAUCAGAACAUGCAAUGAAGACGAUUUGGAAAGAAUCUCAAAGAUUGUUGAUCAACAAAACAAGAGAGAAAUCCUUGAUAUCUACACCAACAUUUUGACAUUGGCUGCUACUCGUGUUACAAUUCAAGAAUUCAUCAAGAGAGCCGAUGAAAUGAGCCCAGUUAAAGUUUCAGUUGCCUUCAAGACUUUGGUUGAUCUUCGUUAUCCAUCAACCGAAAUCGCUCAAGAUCUUGUCAAAUUCUGUGAAUCCACCAGAAAUCCAAUGAUCCAACAAUCAUGCUGGUUGACCUACGGAGCUGUUGUCAACGGAGCCUGCGGAAGAAACUCCAGAGUUCUUGCCCAAAAACCAGUAAGUUAAACAAACCAUAUUGAAAACAAUAUACAUAUAUUUGACUUCCAGACUUGCACAAGAAACACCAAGCAAGAAAUUGUAUCAAAAUUGGUUCAAAGAUUCGAAGCCAGCCAAAACAAGAACCAACAAAUUCUUGCCUUGAAAACUUUGGCCAACGCUGGACUCGAUCUCUCAAUCUACCCACUUCAAAAGAUCAUGAACAACAACCAAAAUGAUAUUCUUAUCCGUGUUCAAGCUGUUGAAGCUCUUCGUCGUCUUCGUCAAGAAAUGCCACGCAAAGUUCAACAAGUUCUUCUCCCAGUCUACAAAAACAAUCAAUAUCCACAACAAUUGCGUGUUUCUGCUCUUCAUCAACUUCUCCAAACUCAACCAGAAUGGCCAGUUCUUUCUCAAAUUGCUCAACAAUUGAGACAAGAAACUCAACAACAAGUCCGCAGUUUCACAAUUUCAAUGCUCCGUGCUAUUGCUGACAAUCAAUCACCAUGUGAACAAACAUUCGCUGCUCGUGUCAGAUCUUUGGUUCAAACUGUUCGUUUCGAAAAAGACGAGAUGCUCCAAAGCAAAUAUGUUAAAUGGUCAAAAUAUUCGCUCAAACAUCAAACUGGAUACGAAAUGAAUGCUGCUGCUCUUUUCACAUCUGAUUCUCCAUAUCCAACUGAUAUGAUGGCUUCAAUUGAAGGAGUUUUCGCCGGAGAAUGGAACAAAUAUUUCGCUCAAGCUGGAUUCAACCAAAAGAACAUCCAAAAAGUUUUGAGACAAAUUCAAAAGAAUGGACUUGAACAAGUUAUUGUUCGCGGAAAACGUGCUUCAGAUGAAGGAUUCCACCCAAGUGAAAUCUGGAAGAAUCUCAUGGAAAAACUCUCAUUCACCCCAAGACAACAAAACAGUGAAGAUCCACAUGCUUUGGUCUACUUGAAAUACCGUGAUAUGGACUUUGCUUUCCUUCCAGUCGAUGUUCAACUUCUAGCCAAUGGACAAAUCAAUGUUGACACACUCGAAAAGAUGGUCAAGGAUAUUAAAUUCACUCAAACUGCCGCUGCUUUCCUUUACGAAACAACUCGCCGUGUUCCAACUCCACUUGGUCUUCCAGUUGAACUCAACGCCAAAGUUCCAACUAUUGCUAAUGUCAAUGGACAAAUCAAGGUUGAACUUACACCAAAGAACAGCAAAUCAUUCGAAGGACUUCGUGCUCAUAUCAAGGCUCAUCCACGUGUUGCUGCAACUCAUAUUGCUUCCCUCACAAUUGUUUCUCCAAUGACUGUUACCGGAACCAAAUUCAUCCACGAGAUGGUUUUGAACACACCAAUUGACGCCAAGAUUGAAAUGAGCUGGGAAAAAGAAUUCAACAUGGAAAUCACCCACAACAACACUCCAGCCCCACAACUUUUGUCCCUCCAAUCUCGUCCAGUUACAUUCACCAAGACCAUCGACCAAAAUGCUCGUCAAUACCCAGAACCAACCGAAAGAACAUGGAUGCUUGAAAACAACCAAGUUUUCACAAAUGAAAUGAACCAACAAGUUGGAGACUUCAAAAUUGAAGGAACAUGGAACAUGCCAACAAUGCACAGAGUUCCAAGCUGGAUUUUGGAUAACUCAUUGAUUGUCUCAUAUGAACCAUCAGAGAAAACCAGCCAACUUCUUAAAUGCAAAUCUGAUAUGUGCGAAUCUAAAUUCGAUGAUGUCACCGCUGAACUUCGUAUUAACAAGGAAAGACGUUCAUUCGAAUUGGACACUCAAUUCAGAAAACAACAAUUCCGUUACGAAUCUUCCAACUCAAUGAACUUGGAAAUUGCUCCAGUUUGUUCAAUCAAAUCAAGCAAAGUUACCACAUUCGACCGUGUUGUUUAUUCCAACAAACUCACAAAAUGCUUCUCAGUUGUUGCUAAAGAUUGUAGCGAAACUCCAAGAUACACUGUUUUGAUGAACAAUGCCAAACAAAUGAUGAUUUUGUACAAACAAAACGAAAUCGAAUUCAACGGACAACAAUCUGAACAACAACCAAUUGUUAAGGUCAACGGAAAACAACAAAAACAAAUGGAACAAGGAGAAACUGUUGAAAACAAACACUUCCAAUUGAGAUUGAUUGAUGACUCAACUGUUGAAUUCAAAUCAUCUGACUUGACUGUUAGAUUCGACAGAUACGAAGCCACCAUUCAAAUUUCUGCUGAUUAUCACAAUCAACAAUGUGGACUUUGCGGACACUACGAUAACGAACAAAACACCGAAUUCGUUGAUGCCAGCAACAAACAAGUUGAAAUUAACGUAAGAUCCAGAUAUCCUAUUGUAGUAAAAUAACUCAUAUUUUUUUCAGGACUUUGCCAAGAGUUACGUUUACAACAACGGAAAAUGCGAAUACAACGACGAACAUUUCUCAAAGAACUCAAAACACUUCAAGAUCGAAAGAGAUGAAUACGAACAAGACGAUGAACAAUAUGAACAAGAAGAACCAAGACAACAACAAGAACAAGAACAAGAUGAAGAAGAACAAAACGAAACUCCAGUUCAAAGAACUAUGGUUAUCGAAAGAUCCCAAAAGAUUUGCUUCUCUCAAGAAGAAGUUGCUCAAUGCAAAAACGAGAAGAACAUGAGUGAAUCAAAGAGACAAAUGGUCAACUUCUUGUGUCUUCCAUCAUCAAACUCAUGGGCCAAACAACAAAUGCGUCAAAUUCGCAGAAACUUGGCUCAACCAUGGCAACAACAAGACAAACUUGAACAACAAGAAUCAGUUGUUGAACGUGAAUACCGCGUCCAAGUUGCUCAACAAUGCUAA